AUGUUAAGAGCAAUGAAACAUUAUCAAUAUCUGGUCAUCGGUGGUGGUUCCGGUGGUGUUGCGUCAGCACGUCGUGCUGCUAAACAUGGUGCAAAGACACUCUUGGUUGAAGGCAAGGCCAUGGGAGGUACCUGUGUCAAUGUAGGUUGUGUUCCAAAGAAGGUCAUGUGGUAUGCCUCCGACAUGGCAUCAAAGCUCAAGUUAGCAGCAGACUAUGGCUUCAAACAUGCACAGGGCCUUGACCUGGAAUUUGAUUGGCCGGCGUUCAAAGCCAAGAGAGAUGCCUAUGUUCAACGUCUCAAUGGCAUCUACGAGAGAAACUUGACCAAAGAAGGUGUCGACUACCUGUAUGGCCAUGCCAGAUUCAACAAAGAAGGUAAGGUUGAAGUCGUCAAGAAUGAAAACGGUGAAGUUGAAACCUUCACUGCUGAUCAUAUUUUGAUUGCAACUGGUGGUACUCCGGUUUAUCCUGACAACAUCCCCGGCUAUGAAUUGGGUACAGAUUCUGAUGGCUUUUUCAGACUAGAAAAACAGCCAAAGAAAGUUGCAAUUGUUGGUGCAGGUUAUAUCGGUGUUGAAUUGGCUGGUGUGUUCAAUGGCUUGGGUACUAAAACCACAAUGAUUCUUCGUGGAGACCAUGUUCUUACAAAGUUUGAUCCAAUGAUCAAAGAACUAAUUCAAGAAACUUAUAUCAAAGAAGGUGUCGACAUUAGAACUAAAGUUCAUGUUUCUAAUGUUGAGCUCUUGGAGUCUGGCGAAAAAAAGGUCACUUUAACCGAUGGCAAUUCUCUGGUUGUAGACGAAUUGAUUUGGACAACUGGUAGAAAAUCCUUAUUAGGUAUCGGUACUGAAAACAUCGGCCUCAAACUGAACGAAAAGGGACAGGUCAUUGUUGACGAAUAUCAAAAUACAAAUGUUCCAAAUGUCUAUUCAUUAGGUGAUGUGGUUGGUAACCUAGAAUUGACGCCUGUCGCAAUUGCUACAGGAAGAAAAUUGUCAAACAGAUUGUUUGGUGGUGAAGAAUUCAAAAAUUUGAAACAGGAUUACACCAAUGUUCCAACGGCUAUUUUCUCUCAUCCUGAAGCAGGUUCUGUCGGCUUAACUGAAGACGAAGCAAUUGCUAAAUAUGGGGAAGAUGACAUCAAAGUUUACAAAUCUCGUUUCAACGGUAUGUUCUAUGCCAUGAGCGAACACAAGGUCCCUACUUGUUAUAAGCUUGUCUGUGUUAAGUCUUUAGAUGAAAAAAUUGUAGGUUUACACCUCGUUGGAGACUCGUCAAGUGAGAUCUUACAAGGUUUUGGAGUUGCUAUCAAGAUGGGUGCAACUAAAGCCGACUUUGAUUCUUGUGUAGCUAUCCAUCCGACUUCAGCUGAAGAAUUGGUUACUAUGGUGUAA